UAUAACAAUUUGACUACAGAACCCAGAUAUUGAAACUUAUGUCGUAGUUGGAGGAUGUAACAUGUGUGCAAUCGUGUUGUUUGAUGGUGUUUGUAUUACAACAAGCGACUCAGUGAUUGAAGUCGUGAACGACUUACAAGGUAUCUAUAUAAAACAGGAGCCGGUUUGAGGAUGUCGGAAUUAAGUGAUGAAGCCAGUGAGUCUGAACAGCUUGGAGCCAGCCUAUCUCUGUGGUUAGGGGAUGCUGGAGGGCAAUUAGGGCAUCGUGAAGAGCUGCAUGUACCUCUGGAUCUUCACACUGCCUGUUCCAUUGGCCAGUAUGAUGUUGUAGCAGAAUGCAUUCGCAGAGGGGAUGUUGACCUGGAUGCUAAGAAUAUAGGUGGCUGGACACCGCUGAUGUAUGCUGCUUAUAUUGGGCAUGACAACAUUGCUAACCUUUUGCUUGAGACGGGUGUGGACGUGAACGCGACUACUGCAAAAGGACAAACGCCACUUAUGCUGGCAGCAAGCUGUGGAAAUGAGAGCAUUGCCUAUUUCCUGCUCCAGCAAGGUGCAGAUCUGGAGAUGAAGGAUGCAAGAGGCUGGACAGCUUUGUUUCACUGUACCAGCACUGGACACCGGCAGAUGGUGAAGUUCCUAUUGGACAACAAUGCAAAUGUUAAUAUCAAGGAGCCAAUAUCUGAAUUCACACUCUUAAUGGAGGCUGCUGCUUCAGGUCAUAAAAUAACCGCCCAGUACCUUCUAGAACGUGGAGUAAAAGUCGACGAAAGAAAUGCUAAAGGAGAGACGGCUCGUUCCUUAGCUAUUUUAUAUGGUCACACCAAGAUCGCCAGCCUCAUUGACAUGCAGUUGUCCAGGACCAAACCAGGACAUUAUGAAGACCUCAGCUCAUCUGAAGACUCAGAUAGUGGCCCCCGGAGGUCACGUCUUACCCGCAGCAAGGGACAAGUCAAAGGACCUAGCAUUCAUGACGGUCCACAGGCCAUAGCCAAGUUCCGGGUCGGAGCCCCCAGCAGGCGUCGUGAGCCGAGGGUGCUGCCACCAGGAUAUGUGACCUUCAGAGAUACAGGGGAGCAGAGUGAAGGGAUCUGUAACCGUGAUGUCACGUCACCCAUCAAUGAGCUGGAUGGUCAGAGUAACAGCAGCAGAGAUGAGAGCCCCUUCUUCGACAACGACAUGCCCACCAUGCGGAGCAGCAGCGGCAGCAGCGACUGUCUGCCGCGGAUGGCGGGGCUGAGCCGCGAGGCAUCGCUGGAGAGCAAUGAGGAUUCAGACCAAGCGAAGAAAAGCUCUGCACGAAGGGUGGGCAAAGGUCACCAUCACAAGGGGAAGAGUCGCCACAGCAGCACCGAGAGCACAGCAGCAUUCCACAGCAGCAUUGGGAACUGCGGAGGACAGCAACCUUCCAGCCAAUCAGCUGCUUACACAGGCCCCAAGGAUUUGGCAGAGUUCCUUGAACAGAUAGGCUUCUCCAAAUAUCUCCCUCUGCUGGAGGAGCAGGACAUCGACCUGCGGAUAUUCCUCACCCUCAAUGAGAAUGAUUUAAAGGAAGUGGGCAUCACACUGUUUGGGCCCAAGCGGAAGAUGACGUCGGCCAUCGCCAGGUGGCACAGCAGGGCGCGGCCACCGAGUGAAGCCCUGGAGCAGGCCUAUGCCGACCAGCUGGAGGCUGAGAUGCAGGAGAUGGCGAUCCAGCUGCACAAGCGCUGUGCGGAGGUGGAGAGUCUGCAGGCACAGGUGCUGCAGGAGAGGGAGCUGCGUACCGUGAUGGAGGGCUGUCUGAUGGAGGAUAAGGUGCCCUGGAGGAGAGUGCAGACCGAGCUGGUGGAAACACACAGGCUGGCCCAGGAGCUGAGCUCGGCGCUGGACACAGUGAGGGCCUGUCAGAUGGAGCUCUUCUCCCGCCUGCCAAGUGAUGGAGUAAUUGCACAUUGUGAUGUAGGCCUACACAAGCUGCUGGGAGAGACUGAUGGAAAAGGAAAUAAUGUUCUGGAAGAUUUUAAGUCCCUCAGCCUGUCAGAGCUUAUGCUGAAAUUGGACGCGUAUGAGACAGAGAUGGAAAAAACUGUCCACGUGGUGACCAAAAACCUGAGGGGACUGAGUACUGCUGAGAAGCUCACCCAGCAGUGGGAGUCCUAGCUGGGACCUGCUACUUUAAAUGGUUUUCUUGAAGAAACCAUUCCUGACGGAGGGUGACGGCGCCACCCUGUACAGGCUUGCUGGAGAAAUGUGGGUGCAGCAGCAGCUGGCCGAGGAGAAGACAAUCGGGCUGGAGGGCAGAUGUGGCCCUAAAUGUCAGCCCGUGCUAGCGCCACCUGGUGUUGGUGGCUGCAGUGUGGAACACGGAGCAGGAAACGUGAUCUCAGCAGGCUUCAGUCGGGGAUGUGUGACCUGCUGGGUACGGCCACUGUCCGGGUCUGCUGGCCUUCUGCUCUGUGCCAGUGUUUCUUAACCUGGUACUCUGGGACCGCCAGACAGACCCCCCCCACACCAGCUCCCGGUACUAGUCAGAACUAGUAAUUUUCUGCGGAUUCAUUGGUUUUAAUAAGUUUCAAUGUAUGGAGAUUGAACAAGGAUACAAAUAAUGCUGUUUGAGUUUCACCAGAAUUGCCAUCUUAAAUAUUAUUUUAUUUAAGUAAUAUGUCUAAUAGAUAAACUGCAUUACUUGAACAGGGCAGAGGUAGGGUGGAUAUUUUGUGUGGGAUUCAUCAAAUUUUGAUUAUUUGAAAUGAUUAUAUUGUGAUUCCUCAUUAGAGGCGUCUUUCUCAUCCCAGUCCUCAGGAACCGACCGACGGUCCACAUUUUUGCUCCCAGCACACCUGAACCAAACAAUCAAGAGCACCAGGUUUCUGGUACAGGAGUGUUAGAAGCUGGGAGUGACUGGGUUGAGAAAGACGCCUCUAUGUGCUUUUUGGGUAUAAGCUCCUUUGGUUUGGAAUGCUGUGUAAUGUAAAUGAGUCCCAGGGCCUUCAGGUGUGAACAACCCCCCUCCCUCCAAAUUUGGCAUCCUGUAAAUCACCAAGUCUUAUAACUCAUUGUUUUCAUAAGUGCAAAUUGUGUUGUGAUUCAUAGUUUUUCCCUUAAAUGUAAUGGCAUAAUUAGGCUGUCGGAUCGUUCCUACUCCUUUUAAUGUCUGUGUGAUUUGCCUCAUGUUUAAAUGAAGUCAAACCAAUUCAAGAUUAAAAUCUUACUUUUUCUAUGCAUCAGAUGAAUUUUAA